AUGUCAGCCAUUCUGGACCCGCUCGGAAGGAUCGGAACCCUCGAAACAUCCUCGUCAUGUUCCUCCCUCAACGAGUUCGAACAGCCGCUAGCUCCUCUGAAAGACUCUGCCCGGGCCCGGACCCCGUUCAUCAUCGGUGUGGCGGGCGGAGCGUCCAGCGGGAAGAACCAGGUGUGCCGGAUUAUCAUGGACCGGUUGAGGGAGGUUGAUAGCAGCGUUGGGAUGAAGGUUGUUACUAUCCGGUUGGAAAACUUUUACCGGGAAUUGUCGGCAGAAGAGCAAAAGCUUGCGGAAACCGGGGAGUACAACUUUGAUCACCCGAACGCGAUCGAUUUCAGGUUACUGGAGGACUGCAUGGAGGACAUAUUACACGGACGGGCCGCCGGGAUACCACAGUACGAUUUCCAAAAGAACGUUCGCCUUCCCGAAACGGUCCGGAUAGAAAAACCCGACGUUGUAAUCUUCUCCGGCAUCUUCAUGCUGUACAAGCGCCGAGUGCGCGACGCAUUGAAUCUGAAGGUGUUUGUGGAUGUUGACAGUGAUGUCCGGCUGGCUCGGCAAGUUGUCCGCGACACCGAGGAGAGGUAUAAGAAGAGCUUGGAGAAGAUCUUGCAGUAUUACAUCACGUUUGUGAAACCCGCUUUUGAGGACUUUAUUCUCCCGUCAAAGAAAUUCGCAGACGUCAUCAUUCCGCGCGGCCACCAAAACACCGUAGCAAUCGACCUCCUCACGCAGCACAUCAUCGACAUCCUCAGCGAGCGCGGGUCGGACAGGGUCGAGGCCGUUUCGACAAAAGUUGAUGUGAGGAGCCCGACCCGCGCGAGCUUGAUUGCCAGGAACAGUAAUGAUAUGUAUGGCGAUUUGCCGCAGUAG